CAUAAACACCCCCCCCCCCCCCACACACACACACACACGCAUAUAAUAUUACACCAUGUCUAUAUACAUUCUCCUCUGCAAACACCCAUACAAUUUAUCCUCUCCCCUUGUAGAUCAAGAACAGUAACUUGUUUCUCCCUUCUCUCUUAUUUGUAUAUGGCUUCAAUCUUGACUUGUCAAGGCGUGGUCUUGGCCACAGCCAUGGCCGUCUCUGGCACUGUAAUUCUCUUGGCUUUUCGCCUUCAGAAGUCUCUCCCAACUACCCAAUUCACCAUCAACCCAAUUCCCCAAUCCUCUCAACCCAUUCAGCGUUCCUGUAUCUCUUCAGAUCAUGAUGGGAAGAAGAGAGAGAAAAAGAAGAAGAGGGUGCACUUUGCAGAGGAUGUGAUGGACCCAAGAGGGAACAGUGAGGAAUUCAGGAGGCAAAGGAGUGGCAAUAGCAAUUGUUCAUCGUCUUCGUCAAGAUUGAAAGAGAGCAGGACAGCACGAGGAAUGCCGGCGAACAGGAUGGCUCUGUACAAUGGAAUUCUCAGGGAUCGUGUGGUUCACCGGACGGUCAAUUCCUAUUGACUUGCCGUUUGUGGCCUUCCGUUUCUAUUUUUCUGUACAAUCCACUGAUUUGCCUUCUAAUUUGUACAAAUUCCUUCAUCAUCUUUUUCAUUCCUCAUGUUCCAUGUAACAUGGUUGAGGCGUGUUAUUCACACGUGCUUCGUGGACCAUGAGAUUGUUGUAUUUAGGGUUUUUUUUUUUCCUUUCUUUCUUUUUCUUUUCUUUUCCUUUUUUAGCCAUUUUAGGGAAUUAAAUGGUUCCUCUUAGAUGAACUGAAUGCAUGGUCAAUUUCUCAAAAAGAGGAAUUUCAAGGUA